CCCCACAGGCCCUGGAAUCCUCCCCGUGUCUCAACACACUCCCCUCUGGGGAGUCAGUUCUCCCCAGAGUUCCCAUUCCUGGGCCUGGAGGGCUGCUUUGGGGCAGGAAACUUUGGCCACCAGGCCUCUGACCUGCACCAGGAGACACUGGGAGGUUUAGUCCCCAAACCCGCACAGAGCAGGACUGCAGCCUGAGGAAAGAGCAAGGAUUUCAGGAGAGAGGCCUGCGACAAGUGAGCAGGAAAUAGAAACUUAAGAGAAAUACACACUUCUGCGAAACUGAAACGACAGGGGAAAGGAGGUCUCACUGAGCACCGUCCCAGCAUCCGGACACCACAGCGGCCCUUCGCUCCACGCAGAAAACCACACUUCUCCAACCUUCACUCAACACUUCCUUCCCCAAAGCCAGAAGAUGCACAAGGAGGAACAUGAGGUGGCUGUGCUGGGGGCACCCCCCAGCACCAUCCUUCCAAGGUCCACCGUGAUCAACAUCCACAGCGAGACCUCCGUGCCCGACCAUGUCGUCUGGUCCCUGUUCAACACCCUCUUCUUGAACUGGUGCUGUCUGGGCUUCAUAGCAUUCGCCUACUCCGUGAAGUCUAGGGACAGGAAGAUGGUUGGCGACGUGACCGGGGCCCAGGCCUAUGCCUCCACCGCCAAGUGCCUGAACAUCUGGGCCCUGAUUCUGGGCAUCCUCAUGACCAUUGGAUUCAUCCUGUUACUAGUAUUCGGCUCUGUGACAGUCUACCAUAUUAUGUUACAGAUAAUACAGGAAAAACGGGGUUACUAGUAGCCGCCCAUAGCCUGCAACCUUUGCACUCCACUGUGCAAUGCUGGCCCUGCACGCUGGGGCUAUUGGCCCUGCCCCCUUGGUCCUGCCCCUAGAUACAGCAGUUUAUACCCACACACCUGUCUACAGUGUCAUUCAAUAAAGUGCACGUGCUUGUGA